AUGGGCACAGCCAAUGACAGCACCUUCAGCCAUUUCAUCCUUGUAGGCUUCUCUGACCGGCCCCAGCUGGAGAGGGUCCUCUUCGCAGUCAUCCUGCCUGCCUACCUCCUGACCCUGCUGGGCAACAGCACCAUCAUCCUGGUGUCCAGGCUGGACCCGCACCUGCACACCCCCAUGUACUUCUUCCUCACACACCUGUCCUUCCUGGACCUCAGCUUCACCAGCAGCUCCAUCCCACAGCUGCUGUACAACCUCAGUGGGCAGGACAAGACCAUCAGCUAUGUGGGCUGUGCUCUGCAGCUGGUCCUGUUCCUGGGCCUGGGGGGUGUGGAGUGCUUGCUGCUAGCUGUCAUGGCCUAUGACCGCUUUGUGGCCGUCUGCAAGCCCCUGCACUACAUGGUCAUCAUGAGCCAACUCUGCCUGAUUUUAGUGUCUCUUGCUUGGGGCUGUGGUGUGGCCAACUCUUUGAUUAUGUCCCCAAUGACCCUGUGGUUACCUCGCUGUGGGUACCAAAGAGUGGACCACUUCCUCUGUGAAAUGCCCGCCCUCAUCAGGAUGGCCUGCGUCAACACGGCUGUCAUCGAAGGCAUUGCCUUCAUCCUGGCAAUAGGCAUUGUGUUGUCCCCUCUGGUGUUCAUCUUGGUUUCUUAUGUCUACAUCGUGAGGGCCGUGUUAAGUAUGCAGUCAUCCUCAGGAAGGCACAAGGUCUUCAACACCUGUGGAUCGCACCUCACCGUGGUCUCACUUUUCUAUGGAAAUAUCAUCUACAUGUACAUGCAGCCAGGAACCAGUUCCUCGAAAGACCAGGGCAAGUUCCUCACCCUCUUCUACAACAUGGUCACCCCUCUCCUCAACCCUCUGAUCUACACGCUCAGGAACAAGGAGGUGAAGGGGGCGCUCAGGAGGCUGAUUUGGGGGAAUGUAAGUCUAAAGGAAAAAUUAUAA